AGCUAAUGAUGCACCGGCGGCCGCCGAGCCUCGCCUCGCUAGAGCGGCGGCCAGGGCAGGGCAGCGCCUGUAACUGGAAACCCGCGCCGGCACCGCGCGGCCGCUCCAUUCACUCCUCGGGGCGUGAUUGCGCGCAGGGGAGCAGCGCUCGCUGAGCUUCGGUUGUCCACUGCCAGGAUUAUUGUACAGAGGAGCCGGGAGUAUCUUUGCAACCACCACGAGGAGAGACUUUUCCCCUUUUUUUUUUUUUUUUUUUUUCUUUAAUUUAUUUUUCUCUCUGCCGUGAGCCAGGUUUGGAAUUAAAAUGUUCCGGUAGCAGGAGUGGAGUCUAUAAACUGAUAGAAACCAGAUAGAAAUCAGUAUACUGCUGCUUCCAAUAGCCGGGUUUCGUUUCUUGGAUAUUAAGUUGCAAAUCUGAAGAGAUGGCAUUUCUUGCAGUGAACGUGUUGAUUGGGAUAUUUAUUUACUUUAGCAGUGUCAAAGGAUCUUCCCAGCCCCAAGCAAGGGUGUUCCUAUCAUUCAAUGAGCUGCAAGAAACUAAGACCUCUGAGUAUCACAGGAUAUCCCACAGCCCCCUGGAUUACAGGAUAUUAUUGAUGGAUGAAGAUCAGGAUCGGAUCUACGUGGGGAGUAAAGAUCAUAUUCUGUCUUUGAAUAUUAACAAUAUAAGCCAAGACCCCCUCAGUAUUUUCUGGCCAGCAUCAGCAAACAAGGUUGAAGAGUGCAAAAUGGCUGGCAAGGAUCCUACACACGGCUGUGGGAACUUUGUGCGCGUGAUCCAGUCGUACAACCGCACCCACCUGUACGUCUGCGGCAGCGGCGCCUUCAGCCCCGUCUGCGUCUACGUCAACAGGGGACGCAGGUCUGAGGAGCAAAUCUUCAAGAUCGACUCCAAGUGUGAAUCAGGAAAGGGACGCUGUUCUUUCAACCCUAACGUGAAUACGGUGUCUGUUAUGAUCAAUGAAGAGCUUUUUUCAGGAAUGUAUAUUGAUUUCAUGGGGACAGAUGCAGCCAUUUUUCGCAGUCUGACCAGGAGGAACGCAGUGAGGACUGACCAGCACAACUCCAAGUGGCUGAGUGAGCCUAUUUUUGUGGAUGCUCAUGUUAUCCCAGAUGGCACUGACCCCAAUGAUGCCAAAAUCUACUUCUUCUUCAAAGAAAGACUCACAGACAACAGCGGCAGCACAAAGCAAAUUCAUUCAAUGAUUGCAAGAGUAUGCCCUAAUGACACAGGUGGUCAGCGCAGUCUCGUGAACAAGUGGACAACAUUCUUGAAAGCAAGACUUGUGUGCUCAGUAAUGGAUGAAGAUGGAACAGAAACGUACUUUGAUGAAUUAGAGGAUGUGUUUCUCCUAGAGACAGAUAACCCCAGAACUACACUCGUGUAUGGAAUUUUUACAACAUCAAGCUCCAUAUUUAAAGGCUCAGCAGUGUGUGUGUAUCAUCUGUCUGACAUCCAGACUGUGUUCAAUGGACCAUUUGCACACAAGGAGGGCCCAAACCACCAGCUGAUUCCAUAUCAGGGCAGAAUUCCAUACCCGCGACCUGGCACCUGCCCAGGAGGAGCCUUCACACCCAAUGUGCGGACAACCAAAGAGUUUCCGGACGAUGUUGUGACCUUCAUUAGGAAUCACCCCUUGAUGUUUAAUCCCAUUUACCCAAUACACAAGAGGCCUUUAAUCAUCCGGAUAGGAGCUGACUACAAGUAUACAAAGAUUGCUGUGGAUCGAGUGAAUGCUGCUGAUGGAAGAUACCAUGUCUUGUUUCUUGGAACAGAUCAAGGAACUGUGCAAAAAGUUGUUGUCCUGCCCACCAACUUCUCUGCAAGUGGAGAACUCAUUUUAGAAGAGAUGGAGGUUUUCCAGAGUAAUUCUCCUAUAACAACAAUGAAGAUUUCAUCUAAAAAGCAACAGUUGUAUGUGAGCUCAGAUGAAGGGGUCACCCAGGUUUCCUUGCAUCGCUGCCACAUCUACGGGACUGCCUGUGCUGACUGCUGCCUAGCCCGAGAUCCGUACUGCGCCUGGGAUGGCAGCUCCUGCUCCAGGUUUUAUCCCACAGGAAAAAGGAGGAGCCGUAGACAAGACGUGAGACAUGGAAACCCUCUGACUCAGUGCCGAGGUUUCAACCUGAAAGCAUACAGAAACGCUGCAGAAAUAGUUCAGUAUGGAGUAAAAAACAACACCACCUUUCUGGAAUGCACUCCUAAAUCUCCUCAGGCUUCUAUUAAAUGGCUGCUACAGAAAGACAAUGACAGGAGGAAAGAGGUCAAGCUGAACGAGAGGAUCAUCGCUACUGAGCACGGGCUCCUGAUUCGCUCUGUGCAGGACAGCGACCGGGGGCUUUACCACUGCAUCGCCACAGAGAACAGCUUCAAGCAGACCUUGGCAAAGAUCAACUUCAAGGUGCUGGAUUCGGAGAUGGUGGCCGUCAUGACUGACAAGUGGUCCCCUUGGACCUGGGCCAGCUCGGUGCGAGCGCUGCAGUUCCACCCCAAGGACUUUGUGGGGGCUUUCAGCCACUCCGAGAUGCAGAUGAUUAACCAGUACUGCAAAGACAGCAGGCAGGCAGGUCAGCAGAAGGAAGAAUCCCAGAAGAUGAGAGGGGACUACAGCAAACUAAAGGCCCUUAUCAGUAGCAGAAAAAGUAGAAAUAGAAGGAAUCAAUUACCUGGAUCUUAAUUUUAUUUUGUAGUAAUAGAUAUUUCUGUCCUCAGUGUAGGGGGCUUAUAUUUGUCUAUUGAGAAACAAAUUUGUGCAAAUCUGAUAAAAAAUUAAAUGAAAACCCAGCAAGCCUCAUAAAAGAUCUCUCUCCCAAUUCAGUGCAGUGUAACCUAACUAAAGAAAAUAACUCAGAGCAUUUUAUUUCCUGUGUGCUUAGCGACUCUAGGCUGGGCUCUGUCCUAGAAACAGCACUGGGUAUUCAUCUUAAACCAGAUUCACUUUUAACAUCUCAGUAUUUAAUUACAGCUGAAUAGAAAUUUUACAAAGUCAGUGCAUUGUCUUGCAACUCUUGAACUGUACCAAGACUGGUGGUGAAAGAAUCUGGGUUAAGAUGCAUACUUAGAGUAGGAUGGUACUAAAAUUUCCUUGCACUGUGUUUAAGAACAUGAGUUUCUUCUUGUUUACUGCUCAGCAUUGGGUUUACAGCUUUCACUCAUCGAUCAAAUCGUGUGAAUGCAUGCAGAUAGGAAGCAAGUAAAGUGUAGUAGAAAUGUUUCGCUUGCUCAGAGGUCAAAUGAAGGAACAGAAAGAAGAAAAAGAAUUUAUGCUUUAUCAGAGUAAGCACUGAUUAUUGUGCAUAGUAUGAGUUGUAAUAAAUUAAUGAGUUCUGGAAUGUAACUUAAAAUAUCUCUGCUCAUGUUGAUUUUUAUUGAAAUAGGGUGUCCUAUAACACUACAUAGCUUUAUAAGCAGCACAAAGGUAACAUGAGAAUGUUCAUUAUACAUACAAUUUUGAAAAGCACCUAUGUGACUUAGGUAUUUUAGCUACUUCUCAAAGGAUUACACUCCAAUUUCUUUUCAAAGGACAGAGUGUAGAUAUACUGUAUAGUGUUUGUUGAGAAAUGAAAAAUAUAGAUUAUCUUUAUUCUGUUCCAUGAUUAAAUUGGAACUGGUCUGCAAUGUGGAAACAAGUCAUAAGUGUCUUUGAAAAAUUUAAAACAUUAUUUUUUCAACUGUUUUCUCAAAGUUGCAAAUAUUUUAACUAGAAUUUUCUAAUUAAACCAUUCCCAUUUUCCAGUCUUUGUACCCUUUUUCUUUUCCUUAUUUUUUUCCCCAAUUUGCUCGUAUUUUCAGUUCUCUGCUGAAAAGCAGAUCAGGAGGAAAAAAAAAAAAAAAAUAGGGAAAAAUAAUACUGAAAAAUGGGUUUGGGUCAAAAACCAAAAAGGAUAACUUGAGAGGCAUGUACAAACAGAAAUCUUUAAUUUAAGAAGCAGCUGUCAGGUCAAAUGAAGCAAGUUUUGUUGAAAAUUGGAUGAGUGUGCACCAAGCCAUCCUAGGAAAAGCAAUCAUUUGAGAUUUUUUUGAGCAACACAAAUGCCAAAAAGAGGGACAGGUCAUCAAUCCUUUUACUAUGUAAGUUGUUCUGGAAGCCACUGAGUCUGUUCGAAACAGUAACAGGGAUUAAAAAUGUAAGAGUACCUUAGAAAAAUCACAAUUAUUUAUGACAUUAUACAAAAAUGUAAACUGAUGUUCGGCUCAAAACUGAGCUAUGUUAAGUUAAAAUUCUGCUUUUAAUAGAAUAUUCUGGGAGCAACUCUGCAGGGCAUGGGGAAACACUUCUGGGUUUGAGCCAGUGUGAAUUCAGUGUAGUGCAAUGGAAUUAAUACUGGUAUUUACCUGCAUUUGGUUGGAUUGUUAUUUAUCACCGCUCAGGAUAGCUGGGAAAUGAGCUCUGAUCACGCCUUUAAACAGUUUCUAAGUCCCCUUUGAUGCUGGUGAGAGCCCUUUGAAUUUAAUUUGUGUUCCUGAUUAUAUGUUGCCAUCUAGUUAAGUGCUCUCCAUACUCAAGGCCUAAACCUGUAUUUGUGCAAUAUUUCUGCAAUAGUUAGCCAUUGAUAACUAAGGUCCUCCUUAUGGAAACCAUCAGGAAACUUUCUCUGGCCCCCAUGAGAUUGAAUUUGGCCCCAGGAGACGGCAAAGCAGAUUCUGUAGGUAUCUGGUUUGGUUGGUUUGUUUGUUUGUUGUUUUUUUUUUUUUCCUUAAUAUGACUGACUUCAGACUGACUUCUGAAGUGUGUAAGUGACAAACCAAAAAUUGAGUGCCAAGAGAUAGAACUACCUCUUGGAAUGACACUAGUGCAUGUCCUCUCUAUGCUGCCAUGCUCUUCCUAUCUCCCCAGCAGACUCACUGCAGAGUUAGUGUGAUAGUAAUGUCUCUUGUGAGGAUCAUAAUUGCUUCCAGAUGGAAUACAGUGAUUAAUAGAUAUUUCAGGGUACAAAUUUCCCUUUAAGUGGUUAGGUACAGUGAUAUUUUAAUAGGCCCCCAUUAGGCCUCAGAAAUUACAGUUAACACUGUUUUCUAAUAGAAUAUUGGCAAUAAAGGGAUUCCGUUAAAACAAUCAGCAUAGCUCAGAGUUUCAUAUGAUCAUAAAAUAAUAUUUUUAAAGCUGCUUCAUGUACCAUUAUUAUGGUAUGACUGUUUAAGGGAUUAUACUUAAACUAACAUUUUUCCUGCUGCAUGAGAACUCCAGUAUAUAAAUAUAAUAAGCUUCUGUCAGUGCAUUACUGGUCCAAGCUUCCAUGCUUUAGGAGUCUUCCUGCAUGUAUAGAGAAGUCAGGAGCCAGAUGCUCAGCUGGUAUAAACUAAUGUAACUUCCUUGCUGUCCUUAUAGCUACUGGGGUUGGUACCAGCUGAGUGUUUGGCCUUAAAUGUACAGAAUAGACAAACUGCCAUUUUUGUUUAAAGUAGCCCUCUACUGUAGGUAACACCAAAACUUAAGACUGUAAUAUUAUUUGUGCUAUUUAAUACUUCCUGUUUUGAGGAUUUCUAAAUAAUGUAUAUAAUUUUAUUCCUUAAAAAAAAAAAAGCAAAAGCAAAAUGACCUCUAGGAAUAACUUCACCAAAUGUAAAGAUAUGUUCUCUGCCAAGAACUUCACUGUGUAUUUUUUUUUGCCUUUUUAUUUUGUGUAGUUUGUAAAGUUUGCAGAAAUCUUGACCUAACAAUGUGUUCUUUGCAAUUAUUGUUACUGUAGAUAUACGUGUUUUAUUAAGAGAAUCUUGGUUUUAAAAGUGUAGGUAUGUGUAUAAGUUCCUAGCAUGAUGAAACUGUCAUGACAGUGAAUAUGCAUCAUAUAGUGUGUAAGAAAGAACAAAAUGUAGUUUAACAUAGUGCUAUUUAAUUGAGUAUCUAAAAUGCCCAACAAAAUAAAGUGUGUUGCAACGUCUCAAAAUUUUGAAAUUUGUUGGUUCCCCCCUUAUGGAAGUGCAUUAAAAAAAGGAACUUUUGAGGAAAAGAAAAGAACCUGAAAAGGGAGCAUCAGUUUUUGUAGCUGAUCAGUUCUGGGCUCUAGACUGAAGCCCCAGUCACAGAGAUAACAAGGAACUCAUGAGGAGUCAGAGAUUAAUUCUUUCACAGACUAUCCCAUAUAAGCACCUUGCAUAAAAGCAGGUUACUUUUCUUUUAUUCAUUGUUAAAAGGAGAAGAAAAAGUUCGUUUUCUCCUAGCAGUAUAAAGUAA